GUAACAGUGUGGUAGAAAACCGGAGGACCUGUCCGCUAACUACUACCACGGCAAAAGUAAUUUUGGUACUACAUUGACAAUUGUUAAUCAAAGGAUGAUUUCCCGGGGCAAAGACUUUUUAGUAAGGAUAUCCUUUUACUGGAAGCCCUUUUUCAAAGGGAGGUUUCUGUUAGUGACCAACACGCUAAGUGGUGGGGUUAUGCUUUCACUUGGAGACAUCAUUCAGCAGACCCGAGAAAUGCGAAAGUCACCUGACAAAACUCGAGACUGGCACCGAACAGCACGGAUGGCUAUUGUUGGGAGUUCGAUGGGGCCCUUUCUUCAUUACUGGUACUUAUGGCUUGACAAGAUGUACGUCGGGAAGGUAGUGAAGACUGUUGCCAAGAAGGUUUUGGUUGACCAGCUAGUUGCAUCACCAAUUCUUGGGGCAUGGUACUUCGUAGGUAUGAGUGGCCUGGAGGGCCACGGGGUGAUGAAGGGCUGCACAGAAUUCGCUGACAAGUUCUGGGAAUUCUAUAAGGCUGACUGGUGUGUCUGGCCUGCUGCGCAGAUGAUCAACUUCUACUUCCUGCCCCCGCAGUUUCGCGUUGUUUACGUGAACACUGUCACUCUGGGAUGGGACACCUAUCUGUCUUAUCUCAAGCACAGAAAGCCGGAACACGGAGAGGAACUGCUAUUGGAAGAGUCGUCAGCAGAGACAAGUCUGGAGGCGGAGUCGGUUCCGCUCGCGGAGAAACUCUAGAACUGGAACUCUGCUCACAGUGUUCUCUAGAGCCGGAACUGCACCGCCAGAACACAGAGUGGACCUGAGCAGAGCGGGCCUGCCGGAUCCGCACAGUAGCUGGGUCGGAUCCUCUACGGCGCCACCUGCUGUUCGAUGGGUUUCUCAAAGACCUCAGGGGCUCCUGCCAUCUCUCUGGGUAUAAUCAUCAUGUCUGCUUUAGAGCAGACGCCCCAAAUCUCAAUUACUAAAUGACGUCGUGGAUCGUUAAUUGGAUUGAAACUUUGUAACAUUUCUACAGUUCUCUUCUGUAAGACACCUCAUCACCUACAUCCAUGUUGGAGGUUGUAAGGGAUAAGUGUGUGAAUGUUCGUUACCCAGACAGAGAGUUAAUAAUAAUAUGUUUAUUUAAUUUAUUUUAUUUUAUUAAGGGGCCGGUGGCCUCUGUGCCAUUGCUCAUUUGAAGUAGAGUCUGUGGGCGUCACAGAGUUCUGUCUUAUCAAAUUACUCCGGAAGGAUGAGCAUCUCUUGUGGGGAAACCCAUAUCUAGACAUCCAUCUAAGCCAAACAAAAACCACAUCCUUUCCAAGAAACAGCAGAGCAGAGUAAAUUUGACCUGCGUGAUGUUGGAAUCAUGCCUAUAAAAUAUUCCCUCUAUUUAAAAUGGCACCUGACACCAGGGACAGUCAAGUUUUAAAAGUAUUUAAGCAUGCAUAAAAUAAUGUAUUGCGAAUAAUGUGGUGUUUAAAGUGUGUAUGCUUCAUUCAUUUGAUGAAGGUUGCAUUUAUCACAGAAAACUAUUGUCAUGAACAAAAGAUGUUCCAACAUACAAAUUGAUACAUUAUAGAAAAUGACUGUAAAUUGAUAUAUUACAGAAAAUGACUGUAAAAGCCUUGCGAUUGAGUGGCUCAUACCUACAGUACACUCAGUGUGUAAGAGUACUGUAAAGCACAAACCCGCUGCGCCUGUCUGACUAUCAGCGUUGAUUCUGCCGUCAGACUGAAGUCCUCAGGUCCUCUCACUGCCUCACACUGCCAUGCUGUACAUUUGCACUCAAGCAGCUCCAAUGGAAAGAGUUGGUGUUGUUGACGAAUACGCCAUGCUGCUGAAGUUUUGCCCAGUCCUCUGCUGGGCCGUGAUCAAGCCUGAUCACCGAUAUGCAAUGGCACUGUACAGUAUGUACAAGCCUGAUCACCAAUGUGAAAUAGCACUGUGUGUACAAGCCUGAUCACCAAUGUGAAAUAGCGCUGUGUGUACAAGCCUGAUCACCAAUGUGGAAUAGUACUGUGUGUACAAGCCUGAUCACCGAUGUGAAAUAGUGCUGUACAUGUAUAUACUGUACAAGAUGACUGUAUUUUGACAGUUAUUCUAUGACAUUGUUUCAAGAGUUUGUAAUAAAUUUUCAUCAGUGCUGGACAUUUCAAA